CCCUGCAGGUUGGCGGUGGUUAUACAGGCGCCCACUAAAGGUUGAGUGUGGUGGAAGGAAGCUUGCUGGAUUUUGGGACUAACAAAUGAUUAUUUCUCACAUGGAUUCAGCGAGACGUCCCUGAAUUUUUUCAACAGGAAUCCAACAGGAGCUACGACUUAAGCCGGUAACAUGGCAACAGGGGGCACUGCUUUGGACGACAGUGCGGACGAGCUGCACAGCUGGACUGCAACCAACGCCAGUCUGGAGGACAGACUCAACAACAUGGCUUGGGGUGCUACACAGCAGCAGCAGAAGGCCAACCGAUCCUCGGAGAAGAACAAAAAGAAGCUGCCCGCCGCCGUGGUGGAGAGCCGCCUGACCAACGACAUCUCGCCUGACUCCACCCCUUGGAGCGGGCGCCGGAGACCCCUCCAAAUCAAAUAUGCCACCCAGUGGUCUGUGCCAGACCAGACGGAACUGGACAAGAUCCAUCAGCGGAUCAAUUUCUCUGACUUGGAUGAGAGCAUCGGGAGCGACUCCCAGGGCCGUGUCACCGCCGCCAACAACCAGCGGCAACUGGCAGCUGAGAACAAGAAGCCCUACAACUUCCUGCCGCUGCACGUCAACACUAACAAGAGCAAGGAGCUGCUCCCGCCUGCCGCCUCUGCCGCCCCGCCCACUCCGGCCGUCUCCAAGGAAAGCAAGAAAGCGAGCCCGACACAGAGGGAUGCGGCGAACCCCAACGCCACGGCAGCGAGGCUCAUGUGUGGCGGCGCCGAAAGGGGUCCAGCUGCACACGCCGACUACGAGGGAGGAGGAACCGACAUUGAAAUUGGCCUGUUGGUGAGCAAGCUGGUGCAGGUUCGCGAGUACAUCAGCAAGGCCAGCUCCAUGCGCGAUGACCUGGUGGAGAAGAACGAUGUGCCCGCCAACGUGGAGCGCCUCUCUCAUCUCAUCGAGCACCUCAAGGAGCAGGAGAAAUCCUACUUGCGAUUCCUUAAGAAAAUGCUGGCUCGGGAGAAUGAGGACGACGACGUUGGGACCCAGGACUCUGCAGUGGGCUCUGGUUCUUUGGUAGAGAGCACUUCCCUGAACGCCGACGUGAGGUCUUCAGAUGUUUCAAAUGCAGUGGGCAGUUGGCCUGAAGCAACUAUGCGAGACCAGAAGGAAGAGCUGGAGAACUUCCGCAAGCAGCACGAGCUGCUGAAGAAGAUGCUGGAGCAGCAGGAGCAGCUGAGGGCCCUGCAGGGCCGCCAGGAGGCGCUGCUGGCCAUGCAGCACAGUGCAGAGCACGCACUCGCAGUGAUUGAGGACGCAGCAGUUGUCACGGAAGCCACCGGCAGCGUGUCGGGCCUGAGCAUCACUUCAGAGCUCAACGACGAGUUGAACGAUUUGAUCCAGCGUUACAACAACCAACUGCGGGACUCACAGACUAAUUCAGUCCCAGACAACCGUCGCCAGGCAGAGAGCCUCUCCCUCUCCAGAGAAGUGAGCUGGUCCAGGACUCCCCAGCCUUUCGGCCCACCUCAACACAGGCCGGUCCUGCACUCGGCCUCUGGUCCGCACACUGGCCUCGACGUGGGGCCGACGGCUGCCAGCGUGAAACUCACCCACCUCCAAGAGCUCCAGGACAAGAAGGAAACGAUGGACAAGAUCCUGCACGAGCUGCACUCCCUCAGAGACCAGACUCUCAACAACAACCACUGUAAGGAUGUUUCUGAUGACGUUAUUCCACUGACCCGACUUGUAGCAGCGCUGCUUAAACGGCACGCGGUUGCAUUUCCAGGCGGUGGCUUCUCAGCGCAGCGCAGUUUGAGUACUGGAGGAUCUUCAGACUGCCCAUCGAACGGAGCUGCAGCCGCUGCUUCCUUUCACCCGUCGCUCACGCAACACGAUGACAGUUCCAACCCUGUGGACAAACUCAGGAAGCUGAAGGAGGUCCACAAACGUUUAAAUGAGCUUCGGGAAUUGGUGCAGUACUUUCAGCAGACCUCUGACAUGAUGGUGGAUGCGGUCAAUGAAAACGUGAAGGAGGACGAUGAGGAAGAGGAGGAGACUGAGGACGGCUCCAUGCUUGAGGCUAUGUUUGACUCUGAACAAGAGAACCGCCAGCCGCUGACCAACAUCAGAAACCCACAGCGCGGUGGGAACUGGAGCGACUUGAACUGCCACGGCAACCGCCGCGGCGUCUCAGGUAGCGCCACCAACACCCGCAGCAGCAGACUUAACACAGAGUGUGAGAUCAACAACCAGUCAGCGGCCAACCUCCGCAGCUUUAACGGCCCUUCAACCAUUGAGUGUCAGUACAACAGGGACACCCCCUACAACUGGGUGAAGGAUGAGGACGGUCUUAAUAAUGACGUGGGUCCAGACGAAGAGGCGUCAGGGUCUCGCUCGAGCAGCAGCCUCGCCAACGGCGCCGCUUUCUCUCAAGAGGUUCACCAGCACAAAGCCAAGCAGAAGCUCCGUCAUCUGCAGGAGCUCGUAGCCAUGGUUCAGAGUGAUGACACAGACACCACAACAGCCAAUGAGGAGGAAGUUCAACACCAGCAGCAGAAUAACGUGAGAGUCUUUCCGGAGGGGCCGACGGAAGCUGCACCCACACAGGAUCCCAGGGCAUCGGACGGCGCUCUUUACUGCAAGGCCAGGGAGAAGAUAUACAAAGAGAAGCUUCGUCAGCAGAAGCAGGCGCUCAAACAGGUUCAUGAGGAGAGUCGGAUGCUUCGUGAAAUCCAGGUCAAGAUCCAGGAUCUGCAGUUGACUUGCCCUGACCUGCAGUCCUCACUGUCCAGCCAAGUGAGCGAGCAAGGUUUGCCGUGGAAGAUUCCGGCUGCAGCUUCGACCCCGGCCGUCGGGCAGCCAUCCUCCUCGUCUGCGGCCAGUCCGGCCGUGCUCAAGGCCAGCGCGCCGGAAGCCGCCGCUACUGCAGUAGCCAACAACAAGCUCUGGUCGGAGAUGCGUCGCCACCAGAUGCUACGAGAAGAGCUGCGGCAGCGGCGGAAGCACCUGGAGACCCUGAUGGCCGAAAAUCAGAGACGCAGCGGCCUCGCCGACUCCCCCUGCAGGACAGAUGACAAAGCGAGUUCCUCCGAGCCCGUUGGCAGCCGGGAUGAAAGGACAAUGGCCAGCUGGGGGUCCACUCCCUGCAACAUGGACGUGGAUGAGGAUGAUGACUAUCACUCUGAGCACACGGUGGAGGAAGACAACAGCUCUUUGGAUGACAGCCACAUGUUUUCCCCGGGCAGGAUUCAGACCACCUACACCAAGAGGAAGAAUCACGAAUGUAACCCAAAGCCCCCACCAGCCUUUUCCUGUGAGGCCACUGGCCCGCAUCCGUCCCCUCAUGUCAAGGCGAAGACCAAACAGCAGCAUCCACCGCCCAGAAGUUGCAAUCAGUCUGCGAGCCAGCCUGCAGGUACAAGGCGUCAGGAGAACCUGUGCUGGGCUGCUGAUCUCUCCGUCGCUGAGGGCUCCACCCAUUGGCAGGAGCAGAUCAGCCAGCUGCAGCGACAACUGGACUUCAGCACCAACAUGUGUCAAACGCUUAUGCAGGACCAGCAGAUGCUGUCUUACAUGUUGCAAGGCCUGAUGAGGGGUCCGUACAGCAUGGUGUCCAGCAACCUGUCGUCACCGCAGGUCCACCUGGUUAUGCACCAGCUUAACCAGUGUUACACACAACUGGCUUGGCAGCAAAACAAUGUACAAAGACUGAAACAAGUGCUGAAUGAGCUCCUGCAGCAGCAGCAGUUGGGAACACAACAUGCAUCCUCUUCAGCCCCAGGAUUUCACCCCUUUCCUCUCUUCCCCAUGGGCGAGUUCUCUCAGAGCGCAGCAAGUCAUGCCAGCCCGGACCAGCACAAGCAGCAUUUAGACCCCAGCACCUCCAUGAAGACAGAGUACAUGAGUUUCCCUCCUCCACUGCAGCGCUCGCCUCUAAACAUGGCGACAGACGGACGACCUGCAGCGUGGCCUAACCACACCGUCCUGCGUCAUCCACCUCAAACGCCUCCAUUGGUCUCGCCCCGCCGCUGCAACCAGUCUCCGGUGGAGUGCGGCCUGGCCUCGGAGGGAAGCAUCAGCAGCUUGCCUGAUCGAAUGGAUCCCACCACCAUCACAAAGACCUUCAAAGCUGGACGCAAGGCCUCCGCCCAAGCCAACUUGGCCUCACGAAGCAAGACGCCUCUUUCUAAGAGUCGGCGCAGGAGGGGCAAAGGAAUCAGCAAAAACAACGAAGGUAAAGAGAGUGACAGCCUCAGCAGCACCGCCGACUUUGACCAGGAGAGGGCAGUCUCGUCCCGCCACAAAGAUCAGCAUCUGUUGGACAAACUCACGCAGGAGAAGCUGGACAGCAAGGCUAAGCUUGGGAACAAACCAAAUGACCUCUCUUCUGCUUAUGCUUGGAGAACACCCUUCCUCUCUAACAGAAUUGCAUGCACAGAAGCAGCAGAUGCAAGCAGCGACUUCUCCCUCUUUGAGGCUCUGAGGGAGACCAUCUACUCCGAGGUGGCAACCCUGAUAUCCCAGAAUGAGUCCCGGCCUCACUUUCUCAUCGAGCUCUUCCACGAGCUGCAGCUGCUCAAUACAGACUAUCUGAGGCAGAGGGCGCUCUAUUCCCUGCAGGACUUGGUGACCAGGCACCUGGCUGAGAAGAGCGCAUCCCAGGAGAUGCUGCCCCUGGGUGCAGCGUCUUGGGCUGGAGGCUCUCAGUCUGAGCUCACGCCCAGUGAAAGCCCCACGACCAGCGAUGCCGAAGCAGUGGAGAAGAACGUGAAGAAGGGAGACGACACAGAGUCUGUGGGUAAUGACAGCACCAUGUCUUCUAGCAACCUGGAUCCCUUUGCCAAGGACCACCUCAGCAGCACCGUCAUCCACUUGGACAAAGCCUUGGCCAGGAUGCGCAAGUACGAGCACACGAAGCUGAAAGGGGACACGAGCACCGCCGGCGACUCUGACCUCUCCAAUGUUGAGGCCACUGAAGCUACGGUAGACGCAGGAGCGUCUGGUGACGUGCGCUGCCCUCAGAUCGACACCCAGCAGCUCAAUCAGCAAAUCAAGGCCAUCAUGGCGGAGGUCAUUCCCUUCCUCAAGGACAACAUGGACAAGGUGUGUUCCCCGCAGCUGCUGACGUCUUUGCGCCGCAAGGUUCUGGCGCUCACCCAGCAAAACGACGAGAGCAAGGAGUUUGUGCGCUUCUUCCACCGACAGCUAGGGGGCAUCCUGCAGGAUUCUCUCGGCGUGUUUGUGGGCCACACCCUCAAGGACUGCGGCGAGGACCUCCUGGUGGAGAUCUCGGACAUCCUCUUCAACGAGCUGGCCUUCUUCAGGCUCAUGCAGGACUUGGACAAUGGCAUCGGUGUCUCUUCGGAAGCCAAGCAGAAAAAGAGGCGGAAGGCUGAGGCGCCUCCUGAGGCCAAUCACACUUUAAAGGAGAGCGUUACGGUCCAGCUCGACACGUCAUCUUCUCCCGAAGAAGACAAGGACAAAGACGACAGAGAGCAGGAUUCUUCUCAGCGGGGGAUGUGCCUGGCCAGUCACCUGACAUGCCAGGACGGUGAAGAAGAUGAGGAAGAGGCUGGAGCUUGUGGGCUGCCGCUGUCCAUCAGUCUUUCCAAAGCCGAGACUCAGGCCCUGACCAACUAUGGCAGCGGCGAGGACGAGAAUGAGGAGGAGGAGGAGCUGGAGGAGUUUGAAGCGGGGCCCGUGGACGUCCAGACGUCAAUGCAGGCCACUGCAGAAAGCCAGAUGGAGGACCAUGAGGAGGACAUCCAGGAGAUGAAAAGUGAGCUGAGCUCAGCAAACGGGACCACCGAGGUGCCCGUCAUCGACCUGGCUGACCAUGAGCCCACACUGAUGACGAGUCACGGCAGGCGGGAGGAGGAGGACAAGGUGGAGGAAGAAGACGAGCACACAGUCCCCACUGCUCCUGAAGAGACCAGCAGAAUCUCAGAAGUUCAGAGCUUCCCGAAAGACUCAAUCAACACCAGCAGUCCCGACACCGACUCACCCGUCAUGAUCAACGUGGACGAGGCGGGUUCGGGCAACAGCAGCCAGAGGACAUCGGACGAAGACGACUUUGUCCAAGUGGACGACCUUCCCCUGCAGCUCAGCGUCAUGUGUGAGGAGGAGCUGCAGAAGAGGAUCGUGGAGGAGCAGCAGAAUAACGACUUGCGAGUGGAAAUCCUCGGCGACAACACAGAACUUUUUGCGGGUCUCUUGGGAAACGACGAGGCUUUGAAGGAACCAGGAAACGCUGCUGCCCAGGAAGAGGAAAUAAAAGCACAUCAGAUCUUCUGAGGCUGCCGAUGUUGUCCUGUCAAUAACUUGAUUUGAAAAGCAAAUAGUGAAGUCCUCCGCAAAUACUAGUUCAUUUUAUCCCACUAAGGUUUGUUUGUUUGUUUGGGAUGGGUUCGCCUUCAUGCACCUGCUGUGAGUUAACAAGUUUUAAAAAGCUGUGACUUCAAUGCUUUGUUGACAUUUUUCUACAUUUUAGUCUUUAUUGGCUGCAAGCUUUGUUUUCCCUCCAUCUUGUUACAAUGCAGAACGUUUUCAUUAAAAUGUUGGGACUUUUGUGUUUUCAUGUCCUUCA